AGAUGCUCUUCUUGCGGAACAGAGCAAGGUAUAAGGAAGAAAGUUUCUCUCAAUGAAGAUUGUGGCGUGCCUUUUCAGAGAAAAGAAAAGGACCUUGAUUCGAUUAGGAAACUGAGUAAUCCAAACCCUACUCAUCAACGCGACUUGUUAUAUAAGCGGGUACGAAAACUUUUUUGAGUUAAGGAUUAGGAUUUGACAUGCAUGUUUUCUCAUCACAUAAAAAAGAAGCUAUUGAACGAAUCUCAAUCUUUAUUUUAGGCAGAUGUUCUAAAUAUGCACAAUGAUUGUGAAGUUGUGGUCUUGACGUUUCACAAGCACGGCAGCGGAGACACAGUUUCCUUUUACGGAACCGAAGGGGCAGGUGUAUCUUUUAUUGGAAACAAAGAAGAUAUUCCUACUUCUCCGGGAGGAGAGAUCGUCUUAAAAUUAUUUAGAAAAUUUAUGGAAGGUAUAGUUGAAGUAAUAUAAUUCAAUUGAGCUGUUUUCAGUCGGUACACGCUGUUGCUUAUUUGGUGUUGCAGUGUACCAAAUUACAGUCGAAUUAACUUGCCGAACAGUUGCAAGGCAUCCCAUGCCCUUUGAUGACCCAAUCAUCUUGUUUCAGACUGGCAAACGGCGAAUUUCGCCAGCGCUAAAACAACAUUUGACAGCCAUUCGCCAGAGACUGUGUGUAAUUCACCGGUACUUGCAGUCAUGACAGACUGAAAUUUUUAGUCCAGUCUUGCACUCGGACAUUAUAGCAAACAAACAAAGCUUGCAAGUAUUUGCCCACAACUUAACUUACCUGAUGCUUAUUGAAGCGUCAACCUUCAAUUAUUUGCAUGCUCUCUUUGCUCAUCGAUUAAUACAGUAGCCGGAGCCUCAGUGGAGCAAAACAGUAUUAGCCAUACCCAAAUUAUUAUUAGCCAUAAGGCCCAUAACUUCAAACGGAUAUCUGAAGGGCUAAUGACCAUGCAAUCAUUCAUUUGAACAUCAAAAAUAAUAGGUAAUUGUCAGCAAAUAUACAUAUGCAUAAUGUGAUCUGGAUUUUGGUUGUGGUCAUUUAAAAGGUGCUAACUAAAACGUUGUUGUAUUAUGUAGAUUACAAACAGAAAAGGUCGCAGGAGGAGGAACAACAACAACAACAACAACAACAACAGCAACAACAACAACAACAACAACAACAACAACAACAACAACAACAACAACAACAACAACAACAACAACAACAACAACAACAACAACAACAACAACAACAACAACAACAACAACAACAAUAA